CACGGACACCCGUGUGCCCAAAUGUAAACAGACGCGGGAAACUUAAGCCUAACUGUCAGAACCAGCCAUAGACUGUAUAUAUAUAUAUAUAUUAAACAUAUUAAAUAUACGGAGAGAGUCCGGUCAUGACAGACAUUUUAAGACUCGUGUUCCGGACCUUUGUUUCCCAACCGGAAGUCGGGGAGCAGCUGAGCCCACCGUGCCCGACCACGUGCAGCGCCCUGGUGGUCGGCGACCCCGGCCUGGGCCGCGCGGUGCUGCUGCUCGCGGCCGUGACAGCGGCCUCGGAGCUGGGGGUCCGAGUGAUGUUCUUCACCCAGACCCAGAUCCAGAGCCUUCCGGUGUCGCUGCAGAAGUGUGUUUCCGGUCUGAGCCCGGAGAGUCUGAAGAGGAUCCAGUUCUCGUACCCGCGGACUCUGGAGGAGCUCCUGCAGCAGGUGGCCCGCCUCCACGAGUCCCCCCACACGUCCCCCACGCCCCCGUCCCUGAUCCUGGUCGACAGGCUGGAGGGCUUCCUGUGUGGGUCCGGAUCCCACAGCGGGUCUCACCCGGGCGCGCCGUCCCGCGCCGCCCACCUGGCGGCGCUGCUGUGCGACAGCGCCUCCUUCCUCACGCAGGUCCUGGAUCAGCGCUCCUCGGGCUCGGCCCCGUGCCGCGUCAUCGCUUCCUUCCAGCCGGGGGGGGACCCGGGGCAGGCCGGGUCCGAGGCCUCCGCCACGGACCCCGUCCUUGAUGUUCUGGAUCGCUAUUUCCAGGUUCGCUGCACUUUGGACCAAGACAGGAGCUAUGAAGCUGCAGCGGCCGGGCUGCAGGGGUUGUGGCACGUUUACCUCUCCGGGACCGGCAUCACAGAGACCGGGGCCGGCAUCACACAGACCGGGACCGGCAUUACAGGGACCGGGGCCGGCAUCACAGGGACCGGGACCGGCAUCACAGGGACAGGCAUCACAGGGAUUGGGACCGGCAUCACAGAGACCGGGGCCGGCAUCACAGGGACCGGGACCUUCAUCACAGGGACCGGGACCCGCAUCACAGAGACCGGGACCGGCAUCACAGGGACAGUCAUCACAGGGACCGAGGACCAUGAGGACAGACCCGCGGUGGCCACGGAGUGGCAGCUGUUAGUUUCUCCUGACGGUUCGAUGGAGUUUAAGUCGGUUUGAAAAUGUUGCAUCCUCCAUCAUAGCUCCUCUGGGGUCCAUCCUCCAUCAUAACUCCUCUGGGGUCCAUCCUUCAUCAUAGCUCCUCAGAGAGCCAUCCUCCAUCAUAGCUCCUCAGAGAGCCAUCCUCCAUCAUAGCUCCUCUGGGGUCCAUCCUCCAUCAUAGCUCCUCAGAGAGCCAUCCUCCAUCAUAGCUCACCAGAGAUCCAUCCUCUAUCAUAGCUCCUCAGAGAGCCAUACUCCAUCAUAGCUCCUCGGAGAUCCAGCCUCCAUCAUAGCU